GCUGCUGUUUUUCCGUGACGCAGUGACAUAAUUGCGGUUCGCCGAGACGCUGGCCUGGCUUUCACCGAUCGGUUUUGGAGGCUGCUACGACACCGAACCGGUUCGGAUUGUGUAUGACGUCCAGGUCCAAACUGCAGAGCAAAGCCACGCGGAUGUCUCCGGCGGUGAGCGGCCUGAAGCUGGUCCAGCAGGCCCAGGACCAACUGGACCUGGCCGUCGGCUCGGUUCUGAAGGCCGAGCAGCAGCUGAGGGACAACGCCAGAGAGGUGCGCUCGGAGCUGCAGAGCUGCGUGAGCCGCCAGCAGGAGGCGCUGCGCUGCAGGGAGGUGUGGCUGCUGGGGCAGAUCGAGCUGCUGGAGCAGCUGAAGACGGAGACGCUGCAGCACCAGCUGCACCAGCUGCACCGGCUCAGAGGCCAGUUUGACGUCAUCGCCUGCCAGCUGCAGAGCGCCACCAGCAGCAACGACCUCAACAACCAGCUGACCAGCUGCAUGGAGAAGUUGUCCUCUCUGAGCCUCACACCUGAGGAAACACCUGAGAUGGGCUUCCAUGCCGACACGCGCUCUCUGAGGCAGGCCAUCACCUCCUUUGGCAGCAUCACUGCUCAGGUGGAGGUGUCGUCUCUGAGCUCCGCCCCUCAGGGAGCCCAGGUGCAAAGCUGUCCCCCUGCAGCCAAUCAGCAGAAGCUGGAGGUGGCGGCUCUGGGUGAUUGGCUGCUGGGAAGCCGGCCAGCCAAUAGCAGCCCUCUGAUUGGUUAUCAGUCCAGUAAGAACCCUCAGGAUUGGCUGCUGAAGCACAAGGAGAACAAGACCCCCGGUCCAGUCCUGGCCUCCAUGGACUUCCUGAAGGCGUGGGGUCAGCUGCGGGACCUGGAGGCGUGGCUCCUGCAGGACCAGAACCAGAACCAGGUGAGCAGGGAGCGGGCCGCCAGCAGCUGCAGCUCCUCCUUCUCCAUCGAGAAGAUCGACGAGUCAGAGUUCCAGGCUUCCUCUGAGGAGGAGGAGGAGGAGCUGAGCGACUGGCUCAUCACCCCGUCCGCCGUCGCCGUGGCGAUGUCGGACGGCGAGCGCUGGCGCCGCGUGAUCCGGCCCUUCCAGGAGGACUGGACCUCCGGCGAGUGGCUGGCGAGCCGCCCGGCCUCCGACUGCUCCUCCUGCUGCCAGAGCAGCAAAGCCCUGGAGAUCGAGAACCUGGGCCAGCUCAAGUGCCUGAAGACCCCGCCCGCCUCCGGCCCCGCCUCCCCCGCCGGCCCCGCCCCGCCCGCCGCCCUGGAGGCGUGGCUGCAGCAGGUGGCGCCGCUCAGCAAGGCGUGCAGGGCCAACGAGACGUGCUCCGCCUACGCCGACUGCGUCUGCGAGGAGAACUGUGGGAAGGAGGCGCUGAGCCGCUGGCUGCUGCAGCAGGAGGGCCGCGACAAGAACGGCGUACCUGUGAGCAAGAACGCUCCGCCCACGGCGUUCCACAGGGAGCAGGAGCAGAAGGUUCAGGCCAUCCUGGAGGCCUGGCUCCACCCCAGCACCUCCUGCCGAGGAGGAGCCGAGGACCUGAGGAGGACGCUCACCUGGCCGCCCCAGGCUCCGCCCACGUCUCCCUUCCAGCGCCCCCUCGACCCGGAGCUCUGGGUGCUGCCAGAGACGAAGGGCGUGGCCCGUCCGGCCGAGGAGGACGGGGCCGACAAGUGGCUGCUGAAGAAGAGGAGCCAGGCCCAGGAGCGUCUGGGUCUUCCUGCCGUCUGCGAGCUGUUCUCCUGCAUGAAGGUUGGUGGAGACAAAGACCAAUGGCUGCACAGAGCGGCAGUCCAGAUGUGACCACGUGGUGAUGAAGAGGAUCUUCUUCUUCUCUUCUGGAAGUCACUUUAUCGCUGAUGAUCGCACAACGGCAUCGAUCACAUCACCGCCUUCUUCCUGUGACAUCUCUACCUUGAGGCUCCGCCCACCUCCAGGUUCCAGAACCGCCUCCUCAGCAGACGGAGGCGUACCUGGACUUCCUCAAACUCGUCACUUUACAUCCGCGUAGAUCAGUGAUUGGUGAUCACGCCUCGCUGAUACCUGUAGCCGCUGAAUGUGUGUGUGUUUCUAGCCAAUAGGACGUCUGCAGGUGCAGCAGGUGUGGGUGGAGCUCUGAGGGGGGGGGGUAGUUUUAGGUGAACUUUAUCUUUAAUUUUAAUGGAUCUGAGAAUCUUUUAUUCUUUCUUUCUGCUGACCUCAUGGAGCUGUACUUCCUGCCCAGGCUGCAGGUGUCACACCUGGUUCAGCUCACCGGAGGAACUCCGUUUCCCAGGAUGCUUAGCGAGUACACAGCCAGGUCACAGCAGCAGUGAUUGGUGCUUUUUAUUGACCCUCCUUUCUGUUUUGUUGGGGGCGGGGCUUGACCUCAUUUAUUCUCUGCAGUAAUAAACGUUGCUGACAUCAUCA